UUAUUACGGCGGACGAAGUACAUUCAAUAUGAAAGGAAAUCGGGCAGUGAAGCACCUCAUGGAUGGAAUUUUUGGGAAAGUGACCUUCAACGAAAUAACCAUUUCGGAAACCAGCUUGGUCAGCGUGGAUCCCACGGUAUUGCUUUCAUUGAAGAAUAGCCUUGAAACCCUCAUCAUCAACAAUUCCGCCCUGGAAGAAUUCCCAUUUCAAGUCAUUCCUGAAAUGACCAGUCUAUCGAAGUUGGAACUCUCCUACAACGCCUUGAAAUCUGUGCCAGCCCUCAGAAGCUCCAGUCUGCAGAUUGUGCAACUUUCGCACAAUCGCAUAAAAACACUUGUGCCAGAUUGGCUCAUGCCCAACUUGAAGAAAUUGAAUAUCAGUAACAAUCCCAUUUCGAAGAUUCCUCCAGGAUUGUUCGAGCGCUCAAGUGGUUUGAUGUAUUUUGACGCAUCUCAUUGCCAUCUAGGACCAACAUUGUCAAACGGAUCAUUGAUGUUCCGCACCGAGGUCUUGUCUGAGGUUUCCCUUCGAUAUAAUGGCAUCGUGAGACUGGAACCAGGUGCCAUUUCAGGCGUCGCAAGACAUACAUUGGUCGACCUUAGUGGCAACAACAUCACGGGAUUGACUGAAGACUCCUUCCGGCCCAUGCUUCAAUUUCUUUCUCAGCAGAAAUCUGGGAUCAUCAUCUCCUUAAGAGAUCCCAUCCAGUGCGAUCUACGGCUUGCUCACAGUCCCCACUCUUUGCAUGCUCAGGAAGGACUCCAACGUGUGGAUUGCAGUAAGUCUUGGCCUUGCUAUGAAGAUGAUGCCGGUUCAAACUGCUCAUGCUUAUUUGAAGAACCCAAUCAACUGGUCGUGGAUUGCUCGCAAUCGAAGAAUGACAUGAAGAUCUCUAAACUCAAUGAAUCCUUGGAGACCAUGGCUACACUCAAAUCUCAAUCCCAUGCUGUUUCCCACGCGGACGAAGAUGGACAAACACACUCCACCACGGAAGGACACUUGGCAACGGACCAGGACCAAAAAAAGAUGUCCACGGCUAACGCCAAGAAAAUAUACAUUCGGGACACAGUCCUUAUCACUAUGGAUGCCAUGAAACUGAUUUAUUUGCGGGAUCAACUCGAACAGGUCGCAAUCAUCAACACCCACCUGGAAGAAUUUCCUUUUUAUGUACUUCCUAAUAUGUCCCAGCUGGAAGAGCUUCAACUUUCAUCGAAUGCCUUGAAGUCCGUGCCAACACUCAAAAGUUCAAGCCUGAAGAAGUUAAUUCUCACGAACAAUGAAAUAACGACACUGCAACCCCUUUGGUCCUUGCCCAACUUGGAAACACUUGACAUCAGUGGCAAUCCCCUCUCGACAUUACCUCCUCAAUUGGUCAAUGGCAUGGACAACUUGUUGUCGUUUUCUGCGUCGCACUGCAAUUUGGGGCCGAUUUUGUCCAGCGGAUCCUUGGCGUUCCACAGCCGAUCCUUGCAAUUGGUUUCCCUUGAAGACAAUAAAAUCGUGAGAGUGGAACCAGGAGCCAUCACAGGUCUCCGAGUUGAUACGAAGUUAUUUCUUCUGCGGAACAAUAUGACAUCAUUGACAGAAGACUCUUUCCGACCCAUGGUGGAGGUCGCCUCAUUGGGCCAUGGCGGAAUCUUCGUAAAUGAGAACCCUCUGAAGUGCGACAUGAGCAUGGGCUGGCUAGUUCUUUGUCCCGACGUCAAGCAGAUCCUGCAGAGAGUGCCAUACUUUGAAUGCGUGGAUGGAACUUCUUUGCUGGACCUCUUCCUCGUUCGAUUCCUUCAACUUGUCCUUCCGUUCCAAUGGGUGGACACUCUGGGUUGAGAUUCCUACACCUUCAUGAUUGGUGUUGAGGUGAUCCCUACCUCUGGCCACAUUCUUACUCCCUUUAGGAAAUCUUCAAAUUAGAUAUUCGUACUGUUGUACAUAACAUGAGAUCCUUUCAAGCCCCCCCGCAAGAGAGUCAACAUUUGGACAACAUUCAUUAGGUCCAUUAAGGAAUACGCUGCCUCAGUGUGACACUCCCCUUUCACUACCUCCGAUACGAAAGCAAUUGGAAGAGCCAAAGGUAUAUCAUUUAAAGUAAUAUAUUGUAUAUCUUAUUCAAAUUAUUCGGCCUACCUUGUAAAGUUGGGACUCAGAAUGUUGCGCGAACGAUGAGAUUACGUAGUCAAAGGAUUUGCUUCUCAAGCCGCUGCCAAAAAAUAUUUUUACCCUUACGGCAAUUCCCUUAGAGUCACCUCCGGAAAUGGCUCUCCAUUCGUGAAAUUCAGCAGAACACCAAUGAAUUCUUUAUAUUCUCCAUCCCGGCCAUGACGAGAUUGAUGAACAUUGAAACCCUCGACUAAUAUAUGUUCAUUUUACCCAAUUCUUCUAUCGUCUUGUGACGCUGAAGCCUCC